AGAAGAACCCAACCCAAAGCAAAGCAGCCGCUGCGAUUCCUUCACCCAGAAGGGAAAAGGAAAAAGAAAAAAGGCAUCCGCAGCCGCCGCGAUGAUCCUCCGCAUCCGCAGCCGCGACGGCACUGACCGCAUCACGGUGCCGGACGCGGCCGCCGCCACGGUCGGCGACCUGCAGCGCCUCAUCGAGGCGCGCGCCACCGUGCCCGUCGCCGCCCAGCGCCUCUCCCUCGACCCGGCGCUGCUCCUCCCCGCCCCGCAGCCGCCGCUCCUCUCCGACCCGGCCGCCCCGCUCGCCUCCCUGCCCCUCGCCAACGGCUCCUUCGUCUACCUCUCGUACCCGCCCGGCGCGCGCUCGGCCCAGCCGCCGCCGCCCAGGGCCCUCACCGCCGCCGGCUCCUUCGGGAAGAAGAUGACCAUGGACGACCUCAUCGCGCGCCAGAUCCGGGUCACCCGCCAGGAGGCGCCCUUCUGCUCCGCGGCCUCGUUUGACCGCGACUCGGCCAACGCCUUCCAGCUCCACGUCUCCGAGUCGCUCGCCUUCGCCGUCAAGCGUGCGGGGUUCCUCUACGGCCGCGUCGACGCCGAGACCAAGGAGGUGCUGGUCGACUUCAUCUACGAGCCGCCGCAGCAGGGGUCCUCGGACGUGGUCCAGCUGAUGCGGGACGCCGACGAGGAGGCCCGCGUGGACGCCAUCGCCGACGGGCUCGGCAUGCGCCGGGUCGGGUUCGUCUUCACGCAGGCGGUCGGGAGGAAGGCCAGCGAGACGGGCGAGUACACCCUGUCCAACAGCGAGGUCGUCCAGGCCGCCCAGCUGCAGGCAGAGGGCGGGAUCCCGGAGUGGGUCACCGCCGUGGUGAAGCUGGAGGUGGGGGAAGACGGCUCGGCCGACGUGCACUUCGAGGCCUUCCAGAUGAGCGAGGUCUGCGUCAAGCUGUUCAAGGACGGCGUGCUGGAGACGGAGGUCAAGGACUCCGACGACCCCCGCCUGUCCAAGAUGCGCAAGGAGGUGAUUGCAGGGGGGAAGGACACCAUGGAGGUGGACAAUGACUUCUUCCUGGUGCCCGUCAAGAUCUCCGAUCACCAGGGCCCGCUCUCGACGGGAUUUCCGGUGGAAAACCGUGGAAUUCCUCUGCCGGCGAGCGCGCUCAGGAGCCACAUGGAUCGUGCAAAGCAUCUGCCUUUCGUCAAGCGCAUCUCUGAUUUCCACCUGCUUCUCCAGAUCGCUGCUUUCCUGGAUGUGAAGGCAGACGUCCCUACUCUGGCUGCGUGCGUAGGACACCAGGCCGAGGUGCCUGAGGGCUACCGGCUCCUCAUCGACGCCUUGGCAGGUCAAACAUAAACCAAUGGAGAGGGUUUACUGAAACAAGAAACACGGUGCCAUUUAGCAACUUGCUCUCUCUUCUCAUGUGUAAUUUAUAUGAAUGUCUCAGGUGUGUAAGUCUUGUUCUUAACUCGUAUAUGCGCUUACCAUUGCGCAAAGGGCGACAUAUUUCUUUGUGAUGCUGAAUCUUUGUCAUAUACCGAUUGAAACGCAAGUCUUUUGGUGGUUGCA